AUGUCCCCGGGCCCGGCCAUGUACGCGGGUCGCAAACGGAGGAAGCCGGUGCCCCGGGCGGUGCGGCCGGGGCCGGCCGAAGGCGGCACCUCCAACCCUUCCAAGCGGCACCGGGAGCGGCUGAACCGGGAGCUGGAGCGGCUGGCCGGGCUGCUGCCCUUCCCCGAGGAGGUGGUGGCCGGGCUGGACAAGCUGUCGGUCCUGCGGCUCAGCGCCGGCUACCUCCGCGCCAAGAGCUUCUUCAGCGUUGCUCUAAAGAAUCACGGUGCUAAAGAAGCGGAGAGAGAUGGAGACUGCAGCAACGGACCAGCUCCGGGCUCGGCAGCGGUACCGGAGGGCGAGCUGCUCCUACAGGCGCUCAACGGCUUCGUGCUGGUGGUGACAUCGGAAGGACUGAUAUUUUACUCCUCGCAUACAAUUCAGGACUAUCUGGGAUUUCAUCAGACGGAUGUCAUGCACCAGAGCGUCUUCGAGCUGAUCCACACGGAGGACCAGCAGGAAUUCAGACGCAACCUCCACUGGGCCCUCAACCCACCCCACGCUCCCGAGGGUGAGCCUUCUCCAGAAGCAGGGAAGAGUCUCGGCUCUUCUGCUGUCGCCUACAAGCCGGAUCAGCUGCCCCCAGAAAACUCCUCCUUCCUGGAAAGGAGCUUCGUGUGCCGCUUUCGCUGCCUCCUGGAUAAUUCCUCCGGCUUCCUGGCUUUAAACCUUCAAGGCAGGCUGAAAUUCCUUCACGGGCAGAACAAAAGGUCUGAAGACGGGUCUGCACUGCCACCCCAGCUUGCUCUCUUCGCUAUCUCCACCCCCUUGCAGCCCACGUCCAUCCUGCAGAUCCGAACCAAGAACAUGAUCUUCAGGACGAAGCACAAGCUGGACUUCACCCCCUUGGCAUGCGAUGCCAAGGGGAAGAUCGUUUUGGGCUACACCGAGGCGGAGCUGCGGACGUGCGGCACCGGCUACCAGUUCAUCCACGCUGCCGACAUGCUGUACUGUGCCGAGAACCAUGUCAGGAUGAUGAAGACGGGCGAGAGCGGCCUGACGGUCUUCCGCCUGCUGACAAAGGAGAAUCACUGGAAGUGGGUGCAGGCCAACGCACGGCUCGUCUACAAGAAUGGCAAGCCCGAGUACAUCAUUGUCACGCAGAGACCCCUCGUAGAUGAAGAAGGAGGAGAGCACCUUCGGAAACGGUCCAUGCAUCUUCCCUUUACCUUUGCUACAGGAGAGGCGCUCUUAUACCAAAGCGCUUACCCUCUCCCGGGCUUCCCUGACCCUUUCCAGAGCAAAGGGAAAACCAGCAAGUCCAAGAAGACCUCCCACAGCCAUGGAGGGUGCUCCCAGAAGAAUAGCGUUGACCCCAGUUCUCUGCUGGGCGCUGUGAUGCGACAGGACAAGGCGGCGUACGCCUCCCGUCCAGCUCCCGCACCUAACCACUCCUUCAGCAGCAGUUUUGUGGACCACCUCGAGGACGUGUCCUUGCUGGAUGUAGGAAGAGAUGCCUGGAGUAUGGGCGCUGCUCCAGUUUCUUCAAGGGGGGACAGCCUCAAAAAGGAGCUGGUGGAUUUGCAGCAGGAGGACCCUCUCUUGGCCACCCUGGACUCGCUCUCAAUUAAGAGUGACGAGAGCUGUUCCAACAACGAGCUCUUCAGUGCACUGGAGGGCCUGGGGUUGAAUGCUGAGGACCUGGAGCUCCUGCUGCUGGAUGAGAAAAUGGUGAUGGUCAAUAUGGACCCGGACCGCACGCCGUCCCUGAACGACUGCCUCGCCAGCAACGAGAUUCUCUCCUACAUCCAUGCCACUCUGGUGAACAAGCACGACGGAGGACAACAGGUCUGUCCCCUGCCAGGCACAUCCCCGAGCCCACGUGGAGGCACUGCUACGUACCAGGACCGUGCGGAGAAUGAGGACUCGCAGUACCUGCCCCAGCAUGUGAUGCAGCCCGGCAUCGCCCCGGGCCAGCCCCCUGCUCCGCUGUGGGAACAGCCCCUCCACGCUGUGCCGGGGCAGCUGCCCCUGCUGCUGCCAGAGCUGGCUGAGGAGGAAGAGCCGUCCGAUGGCUCACAGCGGAGGCCAGCUGGGGAGGAGGGUCUGCUCCGCUUCCUCCAACCGGCACGGGGCACCCCGUGGGACAAGGCACCCGGCUCACCCCCAGGAGCCCCCUGCCCGCAGGAGCCACCCAGGGCUCGGCAGCUGGAGGGUAACUUCCCGGCCAUGCAUCCCACCCAAGAGGAUGCUCGCUGGUCCUUCUCCCUGCCCAGCCAGUGCCCGGGCCGCGUGGGACCACCCAGCCAGCCGAAACACCGUCACUUGCUGAUGAACGGGUUGUGCAGCCGCAGCCCUGACUCCGCUCCACAACUCCUUCCCAGCAGCAGCCCCAGCCCGUGGCAGGACUACGUUUCCCCACUCCUGGCAUCCCCAGCUCAGCCUGGUUUUUAUGGCAUCAGCGAAGACUUGAUCUCCCAGCACCAGGGCUGCUUGGGUCCAGGGCCCGGCACACCGACAGUACACUUUAACCUGAACGGAUUAUGCAGCAUGGAAACUGUGGGCAGCGGGGGGUCCCAGGAAGAGAUGGCUCCAUACUCCAGUUUUUUCCCCCUCUCCUCAUACCAGCUUAUUCCCGAAAAGCAGCUGAGCCCUGUUCACUCUGUGCCCCAGCACCCUUUUCCAAGCUCAGCUGCAGGGCACGUCGGGAGCAUCGGCAGCUCACCGGAGACUCCCGUGAACUCCUACGGGACGUAUGCCUCCACGCUAAGCCAGGAGAGCAGGCACAGGCCUGAAAGCGGCUGUGUUUUGCCCAGCUCUCCCAUGGGACCCCCCGGAGACCGCCCGGUGCUGGGCAGGAGCCUGGCUCCCCCCUGCCAGCCGCACCCCCGGGCAGAAGCGCUGCCAGAUCACCCUCAUGCCUCCAGCGGUGACUUCUGUCUCUAGGAGAGAAAGCCUGGAAUGGACAAAGCAGGACUAUUCCCUGGGGAAGGA